AGUGCCCGCUAACUGUGACUUGGGUAUAUCUUCAGUUGCAAGACCUAUGUAAAAUAAAAAAAUUAUUCCUGAGGGAUACUUUGACGAAGAACUUGAAAUCAAACCCUCAUUGUGAUUGGUUUGUCGUAUUUUCCCACAUAACAUUAUUCAUCGAUAGGGGAAGGAGUCUUAUUACGGAGAAGGGCGUGUGGUGACGAUUGGCAAGAAGAUUGUCCCGGAAUAACACGAGUUGGUCACGAAUGGAAUGCCCGGAAGGCGUGUUUCAAGACACAGUUUCGACUUUUCCGGAAUUAUACUAAGAAUGAUAAUGCAUUAGAAUGUAGUUAGAUAUGUCUGAGUUGGGCCACUAAGUUGUUGUGUAAACAAGAAUAGAAAUCACGCGCGCGCAAAAUAUGAAAAUGCGACACUAAGAAGUAAAGCUAGCCGUUUCUAAUAGCAACUGCAAAGCGAAAAGGGUGCCCUCACGAAGACAGGCGAAGAGAUCAUUCUGCUGCUAUUUAUCUUUGUGAAACGAAAUAUAAAUUGAUUUUAAUUAUGCCAGGUCGAGGGCGUGGUCGCAAGGAUAGUGAAAGUGAUAAUGGCACCGAUAAUCAUGAUGCCCAAGUUACCUUUGAAACGCACCGGGACGAAGGGGAACAUUUUAUUCACGUGAAGCAGUACAAAAGAGCCAUUGCAAGCUUCUCAAAGGCCCUAGAAAUGCAUACUGGAGACCGUGUAUGUUUAGUCCGACGCUCCAAUUGUUACCUUAUGCUUGGAAAUGCAGAACAGGCCCUUGCUGAUGCUAAUGAAUGUCUGGAGCAAGAUGAUGAAGGGAAAAAAGACAUAAAGGCAUUGUGCAUGAAAGCAGAAGCGCUGUAUCAGAAAGGAGAUUUCGAGACGGCUCUUGUUUUUUAUCACCGUGGUAACAAGUUGAGACCAGAACUUCAGGAAUUUCGCCUUGGCAUCCAAAAGUCUCAAGAGGCUAUCAACAACAGUAUAGGCACCCCUGAGUCUGUUAAGCUGGAGACAACAGGAGACUUGUCCUAUUUCUACAAACAGGAGGAGGAGGAGAAGCUGAAGAAGCAGAAACAGCAGCAGCAAAGUCGUGGUUAUUCCAAGCCCCAACAGAAGAAGGAGGACAAGAAAGAACGCAAACGACCACAGAGUUCUACCAACUCUAAAACUACCAAGGAGUUGCUGGGGGAACUGUUUGCUGAUAAAGAAUACCUUGAAAAGCUCUACGACGGUAUGACAGCAACCAAUGCAACAAACACCACAGAUUUCAUCAAGGAAAAGGCCUGUGAUGGACUCGAGUACCUAGGGAUAAGGGAAGACUUCUGGAGACAGCAGAAACCAAUGUACGCCAGGAAGAGAGACAAACAGAAACAAGCCCAGGUACUCAGCAGCAGUGGCAGCAAGAUGAACAGUACAAGUAGCACUGAUCCUAUGAAGUACAUCCUUAUCAGACUGGAACAAAUUGAUGAAGCUCAGGCUGAGGGUCACUACCAAGAAAGUUUGCAGAAGUCCCAGAAAACUCUGAAACGUGUUGAUGAAUGGAGUGAGAAUGAAGUAAAGAACAAGAAGGAAGUGAUUGCAAACCUGCACAGUUGUAUGGGCAAUGCUUAUCUGGAAAUGGGCCAGCAUGUUGAGGCACUUAAACAUCAUGAAAUGGAUUUAGAUAUUGGGAAAGCUGAAAAUUUAGAGGAAGUGAAAUCCCGCGCCCUUGAUAAUAUGGGUCGUGUCUUAGCAAGAAUGGGAAAAUACGAAAAAGCUAUAGAAGUAUGGGAAAAAAAACUGCCUCUAAGUAAAACUGCUUUAGAAAAGACUUGGCUGUACCAUGAAAUAGGGAGGUGCUAUCUGGAAGUAUCAAGAUACGAGGAUGCCAGAGAUUAUGGAGAGAAAUCACUUGCAGCUGCAAGGGAAGCUGACGAUGAGGGUUGGCAACUACAUGCAUGUGUAUUGGUGGCACAGUCAGAAGUGAAAUGCAACGAGUUCCAGGCAGCAGCUGAUUCCUUUGAGCGAGCGCUAGAGAUGGCAGAGGCUCAGCAGGAUUCUGCUGCCGAACAGGCAAUUAAGAAAGCUUUAGAAGAUGUUAAUGACAAAAUAGUUAGAGGUGUGAAGGAUGAACCAGAUGAAGAUGCAGAUGAUAGACAAAGGAAAAACAGCCAGGACAAAGAAAUGGGCACAGACAACGAUGUUGAUGCAAAUGAAAGCGAAACAACAGGGACAAAGAAAUAGACAGAUCAAUCUCAGUUCAUGUUCAGCAUGGAAGAUGGUUGUCUUACCAACAUCCAUCAACUGCUUCACAUCACCUAGCUAUUGUCCACUGCUGUUUCUGUUAAGAAUAUCACUUCAUCCUUAAAGACAUUUAUGCCACAUAUGUCAAGAGUUUGUUACUAUGUACAUUAACAAAUUUAGUGACAUAUCUACCAAUAGUCAUAUAUUUCUGCUUUCACAUGUUUCACAUUAAAUUGAUCAUGCCAUCAAAGUCUGAAUUCAAAACAGAAACAAUUCAAAGGUAAACAACAUACAUAACUUUUGCACUACAAGUAUGUGAUACAAAAUCAUUUUUUAGGACGGGAGAUGAUUACAAAAUGACAGCACAAAUAAAUGUAAGUUUUAUUUCUUUUAGGGACUUUCUAGCAAAAUAUGACACAGUCUUAUGACCAAUCCCACUGCCUGUUGUAAAUGAGCAGUCCCUUAUAUUCCAGAUAUUGUUUCUGUAUUUCACUGUUAAAUGAAAAAGAAUGACAGUAGUGCAAAAGUAAAGUGUGCCUUGUAACGUUAACAAGUUGCAUGAUGUGGGUGAUCAUUGGAGUGGUAGUUAUAGUCAUAGGGAUCAUAUUGCUACCAGAGGUUCUGGUAAAUAUUUCCAAAGUCACUAAAUAAAAUGAAGAAUAGUGAUUUGUUUUCAAGUGUAUAUUUUUUUUGCCCAAACGUUUAUAUUGCACAAGGUUCACUAAAUUACCUGAGAGGGAAGUUUUCCAUUUUGAAGUUUUUGACUCUCUAGUGAUAUACAUAUUUUUUUACAAAAAGAAGAUUUCACUGACAAGAUAUUUUGAAAGUCUUAAAGUGUCAUAAAAACAUUGUUAUUUGAUGACCUUAAGAUAAUGGUUAACAAUACCAUUGUCCAUGCAUAUUGAUAAACAGGUUUCUGAAAGCAUUUGUCCUUUCAGAAAUUUAGUUGUAAGGGUUUAAUAUAUUGGAAGUUAUGAAAUAACUAUAUGUGGUCAUCUGUACCUAACGAAAUCAUAAAAUGUGUUUAUAUUUGUUGUAAUAAAACUAUUUGAAUAGUUAAUUUCACUCUGGAACAGACACCAUUUUGUGAGGCAGAUGUAAGCUACCCAAAUAUAAAUAUAUAUCUCCAUUUUCUGACAGCCAUGGGGGCGGUCGGGUAGCCUAGUAGUUAAAGCAUUUGCUUGUCAUGCCGAAGACCCGGGUUCGAUUCCCGACAUGGGUACAAUGUGUGGAGCCCAUAUCUGGUGUCCUUCGCCGUAAUAUUGCUGGAAUAUUGCUAAAAGCGGCGUAAAACCAUACUCACUCACUCUCACUCACUCACUCACUGACAGCUAUGGUUCAUUUCAAGGUGUUGAUAGCAGUAUACAUCUGUUCCCACACAAUAUCGCAGAAAUUAAUGUAAACAAUAUUGAAUGUAAUAUACAGUUAAUAAAAUAGAGUUUAAAAAUAACAAGAUCAUAUAAUAACAGUACUAAUUUGCAUACUUCAGUAUGGGUUUGUUGACAUACUCUUUCCUGUAUUUACUGUAACAUUUGUAGACAGUUAACCCAUCCAGCCUUCACGUUAUCGGUAACAUUCACAAGGGUGUAAAGGCAGUUUAUCUUCUCAUCUGAACAAUAUAUCAAUGAUCAUGUUCUGAAACUCAUUUAUAUAUCUGCGAUGACCAUGACUGCUGAUAUUGUAGUAGUAAACCACUUGAUGGCUGUCCUGAGCAGGGCGCCGGGAUCAGCAUUCAUUCCAGGUUGCAUUGUUAAUGUUUGGCAAUCAGUAUUUAAAGUAUUCUAAUUGUAUACAUAUCCACAUGUAUGUCAUUUUAUCCCUGAUUACGCUAUGUGUGUGCAUUUCAUACAACAGCUACAUGAUGGUAUGCGAAAUGUGAAGGUCUUUUUCAGCACAUUAAGUUGGUCAGAAACUUGUGAAUAUUGACAAAAAGUAUUUAAGAAGUACAAUACUGAAAUAGGUGAGAAGGGGGGUUGCCUUUUUUAUGUUUCCAUAUCCUAAAAUGAUGAUUUUUCAAAUUCCCACACAAAUGGAUGAUGUUAUUCUCUUUUCUUUUUAUUUCGGGGGCAUUAAUGGCCCAGUCAUGUAAAGCACCGCAAAUCGCUAUGCAGAGUUGUGUCCCUUGGGCUUGCCAGGAACCAAUGAUUGUGAGAAUGAAUACCGGUUCACCUUGAUUAUGUUUCUAGUUUGUCAGCAAUCACCAUACCCAUACCUGUGCUCAUGGGUUUCACCAAAGUGGCAACAUUCUGAGACCUGCAUCACUUCGAGCUUUCUUCCCACAUAAAGCUGACACAACAUUAUAUAACUGGAAUUCUGAUCAAAGCAGCAAUAAACCAAACUCACUCACUCUCUUUACUUCAAUAGAUAACUGCAUUUCAGUCACAGUAUUGAAUACAAUAAUUGUAUUUGAUGUCUUUGUAUAAUUGUGUAGAUAUACAUAUGUUUUUGUCUGUUUUCAGUCAUACAAAUGGGUACAAAUGGGUAUCUCUCAUACCUCUAGUCGCACAUUUAAAAGGAAGCCAGAAGCUGGAAUGUAAACAUUAAACUUGUUUCUGUCCGGUUGCGCACGCACCUCCCUAUGACAUGUCACAAAUCUCUCAGCGCGCCUCUGAGCUGGUCGCUCGAGAAAGGCUUUCGCGAUAGACUGCUAGUUUGUAUUCUACUAGUACUUAUCGUGUGUCUACAGUUGUUGUUCUAAUACAGUAAUAAUAAUAUGUCUUACCUGUAGACUCCUGGAAUGUAAUCCUUGGUAAUCCAUUGUUUGUAUUCAACACGUGUUUUACUGUUUGACUUGAUUAUACACGUGGCAACAUGUCGGGCUUUUCUGCCUCGUGUCAAAGUAUACUGUCUAAAGGAGAUCCUCACAAGUAUUGUCCUUCCUGCAUAAUUAAGGACGGAUUUUCAACGUGUUCGUGGGAUGAACGUUGUAAAGAAUGUGAGCACUUUAAUAAACUUUAAUUGGUAUCUUCGUGCGUUGGCGAAGCGGGCUACUGACCAGCGCUACAAGCAGAGUAGGUCUUCGGGUGGAUCCCUGGACUCUGCAGCCUCUACAUCUGGCCCUGGGGGUGGCGCGUCGGCCACACCCAAGAAAUCAGUUGAUAAAGACCCGCCCCAGUCAACUUAUGUUUUCGACAAGACACGAGACCGUUCGCCUGCUGAUGAUACUACCCGCACGACUGAUCUUUGUCAAUCGGUUGAUCGAGAGCGUCACUCAGCCACCCCCGUUACGACGGGACCGGCUCGUGACGAGGACCAUGAGGGGACUACGGUCCCCAGUCGGUCCGUCUCUCAUCCUACCAACGACUAUAGGGACGUCGUGCAGGUCGACAGUGAACACAGAUCCCACUCUACAAGUCUUUCCCGCCCCGGGACGACAGGUUGAGUGCCUCGUUGAGAGACAGUAAACGACACGAGGACGUUCGUCGCCUUCGAGGUUGUCGGGAGUUCAAUUCGGACAAUAACUACGAUGGGGAUCGUAGUACUUCUACAGUUAGAGAUCGUAGCCCCCGUCCCAAAGGGGACGUGCGACGCUCUCGAAGUGAGUUUUUGGGAGAUCAGUGUCGUAGAGAUAAUGAUAGAUCGUCACCCUCGUCUCACUUUCAUAUCGACCCGGCUUUGAAAGGCAAGAUCACGGCGGCGGUACUCGCCUUGACGGCGUCGACCGAGAAGGUUCGACCACUACGCCUACACAAUCGACGUCGACGAUUGAUUGUGAUGACAGCGUCGUAGAGAUAAUGACCGAUCGACAUCCUCGUCUUACUUUCAUAUCGACCCGGCUUGGAUAGCCCAGAUCACGACGGCGGUACUCGCCUCGACGGCGUCGACCAAGAAGGAUUCGACUACGUCGGAGGUCCAUGGACCAUCAACCAGUACACCAGUACCUUCAUCUACGUCUACACAAUCGACGUCGACGAUGGAUUGUGACGACAGCCUGGCUAUGGCUUGGCUAUCUCACUUUUUUGCCUGAGUUAUCAAAAGAUGAUGACAAACCGACGUGUGCUGGCUUGAAGGUCGGAGAUACGCCGCAGUCUCUUCAGUAUUCUCCUCCCGAUGUCUUCAAAGCCAUGGCUCACAAUAUGGACCAGAACUUUGCCUCUGCUCCGCCGGGGCAGAGUUUCAGCAAACCACUUGUUCGAUCGCGUUACCUGAUCUAUGGCAUGCCGUUUUCGUGAAACCAUGAGUAGGGACUUGAAACCAGCGCCCUCCAAGAUUCUUGUAGUAGACAGGCAUUUGGAAUCCAUGGACACUGCUGUUCAUCACCAGCUACAACCGCUUGCUAUGCUGUCGACAGCGAGCCAGCGGGGGAGGUAGUGAGGUCCCUUCCCCCGCCGUCACCAUCUUUGGAGUCUACUACCUUUAGAAGAGCUACCGGUAGGGGGGAGACUUCAUCACACGGAUCAUGAAGACGGUCGUAGAAUGGCUCCAUCGGCAGGCGAUCUGGGUCACCUUCUACCUAGACGACGGGCUCCAUGCUCACCAGUUCACAGAAGCCCUUCAAGGAGAGUUAACGACCACCCUGAAUCUACUACUGUACCUCGGGUGGAUCGUCAACCUUCAAAAGUCGGACUUGGUACCAACUCGGGAUCUACAGUACAUCAGGAUACACUUCCAGACGGGAGUCAAUCUGGUCAAGGUACCUCAAGACCGUUGGGACAUGAUUGUCAGCAGCGUUCCGAGACUUCUACAUGCCCCGGCGUCGGUGCACACGUGGCAGGAAGUCCUCGGUCUGUUGACAUCGGCUCAAGACCUGAUUCGCCGAGGUCGUCUUCAACUUCGUCCGCUGCAGAGAUUGCUGUACCCCCACCUGGAGUUUCCCAACCUCCUGGUUCCACUUCCGGCGCAGCUACGUUGUCAUCUGGAGUGGUGGCUCCAGCCGUCGAACGUUUGCGACGGCGUCUUUAUGAGCGAACCUCCGUUCAUACUACACCUAUUCGUAGACGCGUCAUUGGAAGGCUGGGGAGCGCAUUUCGGGGGCGACCAAGCGGCCAGGCUGUGGUCGCCAGAAGUAAAGGUCCUCCACAUCAACUGCCUCGAGAUGGAAGCAGUGUUUCGGGCGGUCGUGUUCUGGAAACUUUGACUCCGUCGGAAACGGCUGAUGAUACAGUCGGACAACUCCACAGUCGUCCACUGCAUCAACAAACAGGGAACGACUCAGUCGGCAGCCCUUCUGGGACCGCCUCCGUGGCCUAGUGGUAGAGCGUCCGCCCGGAGAGUGGAAGGUCCGGGGUUCGAUCCCCGGCCGCGUCAUACCAAAAGACGUUAACAGAUGGUACUUGUUGUUACCCUGUCUGGCGCUCAGCAUUAAGGGGCUAAAACAAGGACUGGUUGGCUCGGACAACUAGCCGACGCCGUGUCGAGACCAUUGAGGCAGUCUCCCAUGGAGUGGAUGAUCCAUCCGACAGUCUUUUCAUCUGCUGACAGAUCGACUGGAUGCCCCAAGUAGAUCUCUUCGCAACCUGGUACAACAACCGCCUUCCUCAAUUCGUGUCGCUGGUUCCAGACCCACGGGCAUGGGACCACGGCAUGGGACCACGACGCUCUAGCGAUAUCGUUGGAGGGUCUAGACGCUUACGCGUUUCCGCCAACGGUGCUGUUACCAUCGAUACUGGGGCAGUUCGUCAAACGGCCAACCAAGUCUGCUUUGGUCGCGACCUAUUGGCCGGCCAGAACGUGGUUCCCGGAACAUCUUCAGAUCAUUGAUCAGCCACCGUUCCCGUUGCCAGAUCGAGACGACCUCCUUCUUCAUCCUCACAACGAUCACUCCGGUCAUCUCGGCGUCUGAAAGGGUCGAUGAUCUCGACUUAUCUGGCAGCUUUGGCUACCGUGGUGCCGUCUCCUACGGGCGACAGGCUCACUAAAAUACCGGUGUUGCAGAAAAUUCUACGUGCAUUCAUGGUUGAAGAUCAGUCACAUUAAUUCCGACUGCCGGCCUGGGACCUCGAUAUCAUUCUGCGCAACCUGUCUAGUCAGACUUACGAGCCUCUCGAUCAGGUCGCGUUCGACAUUGUCUCAGAAAACGGCUUUCCUUUUCUCGCUGGCUACGGCAGCGGGAGUAUUCGGAACUACAUGCCAUUGACGUCGAUCGGAUUAUGUUCGAUCAGCGUAACCAUGGCAACGUCCAUCUUGGUCUCAGAUUGGAUUUUUUUAAAGCGUAAAAUCAACUUCCUGGCCAAGAUUCGAGAAUGUUCCACAUUCCUUCCUUGUCUGCCAUUAUGGGCCCUCAUGAUCACGCUGUUCACACCCUGUGCCCAGUUCGUGCGCUUCGUAUUUACCUGCAGCGAUCUGAACAGUGAUGACAACAUUUUCAACGGCUGUUCAUACUGCUCUCAACCAAUGCAAAGGAAGAGAUUACAUGUAAUACUCUCUCCUUUUGGUUGAGAGCAGUCAUUCUCAGAGCUUACGAGGCGCAAGGACUCGCACCUCCCACCUGCUCUCAUCUGCACGAAGUUCGAGCCAUAGCUUCAACAUGACCACACAGUUUGGUCCACUCGUAGUGGCACAACAGGUCUCCCAGAAAAGACAGUGAAUUUGUGGUUUAUUCACUUUGGACUUUUUGCUCGACACUUCGUGCCAGAUAACAGGUUACAAUAAAAACUGUUGGUGAAUGUACGCAUUCUUAUGGUUUUUGUUGCGUGCAGUACUUUGGCUUUUUUAUUAUGGUUAUUCGGUGUAUGCAUCGUCUUCCCAUACUUUAUAGUACUGCUCGUAUUUUUUAGUUACCUUGUAUACUGCGAGUUGCUCUGUAACUAAACUAUACGUCGACCACACUUCGAUCGCAGUUCAACUGACGCGUGCAGUUGUCCUGUCGCAUCGAUAAUUAGUUGUGUGUCGAAGAGCAUUAACCAUGCUGUGCGUUCGUGAUAAACAACUUGUCUCGUCCGUGCAUCUGGUCGAAUGUUCUAUUGUCACUACAGGGGUGAACGAGGUCACUUCCUGAUUACAUUCCCGACCCUCCUUCCAGUGUUCCGUCGAAUUCUACCCAUUUGUACAACUGAAAACAGACUAAAACAUGGGUUUUUCAGAUUAAAAACGAUGUUUUAUUGGUCUGUUUUCAGUCGUACGUUCCCACCCAGCCAUCCCCACAGGGAAGUAAUCUAGUCCAGUCCUGCUUAAUGGCUUAUUCUUCGAGAUUUGUGACAUGUCAUAGGGAGGUGCGUGCGUAACCGGACGGAAACAAGUUUAAUGUUUACAUUCCAGCUUCUGGCUUCCUUUUAAACGUGCGACUAGAGGUAUGAGAGAUACCCAUUUGUACCCAUUUGUAAGACUGAAAACAGACCAAUAAAACAUCGUUUUUAAUCUGAAAAACCCAUAUUUCAUUACAGAUACAUGUUUAUUUAGCAGUCAUUGUCACUGUAAUCAAUUAUGUUAACGAGAAAGAAAUGUAAAUAAAUAUAGAAUUUAGAUGAAACUCUUUGGAGAAUUGUAAGGCUCCAAGUUGAAAUGCUAUGUAGAGAUGAUGUAACUGCUGUGUAUUGCAACAGGAUUCUACAACAGUAACACAUUAAUUCUUGCAGAUUAAAAAAAAUGUGAAAAAAAAUAGUUACUUUUUAAAUUUUUGUUAAUGCUUUUAUCCACUUGAUAUUACUUGAAUUAAUUGUGUUUGUGGCUGUCUUUUUUUAAACUUUAAACUGUUGAGUACAUAUCAAGGUGAGCUACAGUGCCAUGGCAGUAUUUUUAUACUUUAUAAUUACAUGUACACACAUAUCUUUUGAAUUGUAUUUUACUGCUGUGAUAAGCUGUUGUAUAGGACAUUUAGUUAUAGUGAUCAUAUUGUGCUGAGGAAAAAGACUACACAAGAUCAUUCAGUUUUUUCUAUAAACUAUUUAUUGUUUCAGGCUUUACAACUGAAAUAAAUGUGUUUUGUAUA